AUGUGGAAGGACGUGGUGACUUCCUACGUGUUGCGCGGAAACUUUCUUUCUGAACUUCGAGAUGAUCCCCAGAAAAGGUUUUUCUAUGACCUUGACACCUGUGAUGCUCAGAGCCUUCAAGCUAUUGAGGCCAAUUAUAAGUUUCUGCUAAAUGUCUGUGCUACUCUGGCGGCAGAGAGCUGUGUGCCAGCACAUGGAGUGUGGAAGGCGGUAUGGGUCAAAUUGGCGGAAACCUAUGGCAUCUUUCCAUCGAGGACACGGACGAAGGUGAUCCGUGAUUGGGCGUCUACUCAGUCAGGGUUGGCCCGGGCCAUGACAGUGCACAGCUUCUCUGUAACUAUGAGGUCUCGUGGAUCAAGGAAUCAAAAAAUGAUGUUGAUCAAGAAGUGCAUUCACCGAGCUAUUGCUGAAGCUGCUUCGCCUGGCGGCAACAUUGACGUGGAAGGGACCCUGCGCCGAAAUUUGGAGCGCUCGUUUGCUCAGGAUGUACCUGCGUUGGCUUCAUCAUCCAGUGCAUCCGAUGUAGAUACCAAGGAUGCUGUGCCAACCAAGAUCACAGAGGAGGAUGUGCUUUCGAAGCGCUUGGAGGAUGAUAAGCUCUCCAAGAAGCCUGCUGUGGAGGACAACUCCAAGCCAUCGACCGCCGAGCCAAGUGCAGAGGCUGUGCCAGUCACAGCUCGUCAGGCUGAGAAGGAACGAAAGCCUCUUCUACCUUGCGGGGUCACUAUCAAUGGCAGCCUGGCAGAUCAGGUGGUGGCCUUGUCUCAGAGCCUUGGAUCUGGGGAUGAUGCCACAGACCUUGCCGCCGCACAAGCGAAGGUGUUGAAAGCGGCAUCACGCAAAAGGGCACCCGAUGAUGUUGAUGACGAUGCUGAAGAGGGUGGCAAUAGUAAACCGAAACGAAAAAGGGCACCCAAAGCAAAAGUGACUGCAGUGAAAGCUAAGUCAGCACCAAAGACUCCAGCUGAACCUGCUAAUGCCUCCCCUCCUGCCAAUGCAGCUGCGGAGCCUUCCGCAGAUGCGGAGCCGAGUGCCAAUGGGUCUGCUGGGGAUCCUCAGCCAAAGAAGAAGCCCGGGAAACCCAAAGAGGAUGUUGACUUGGCUUCGGUUUUUGCUGAGAAGGAGCCCGGUCUUCGAACUGCGGGAAUUGCUGUCCCGAAAAUGGACCCUUUGCGUAUGUCUUUCACACUGCAGCCCGAGAAAGAUGGAACUAGUGCAAUGCAGAUUUUGUGGUACAAGAACCAGAUCUACAUCAACGAGACCAAACAGGUCUACUUGAGCUACAAGGUGAAUGGCAAAGGUGGAACAACCAUGUCGGUUGGUCAUCGGGGUUGGACGGUGCUGUAUCAACAUGCCCGUGUCCUUGCUGGCUGGGAUGAAUUGCCUGAAGAGACCGAGUGAAAUCAUGGCUCUAGAACUUUGACUCAUAGAUGAACAAUUGUCUUACUAGUUUUUGGGUUGGCGAAGCAUCAGGGUGAAGUCUUAGAUAGUCC